AUGUCGAUCAAAUCAGAUUUGGUUACAUUCGAAGACCUUUAUGACGAACCAGAAGAAGACAUACUGGUGCCAGAGCAGCCACAGCCUGUCAUAGAGUCUGGGGAAGAUCUCCCAGAAAUCCCAUCAGUUUCAGCAGCCCGCAAAAGGCGUAAGAAUAAGCCAUAUUAUUAUGCCCAGCUGACAGAGGCUCAGAAGGAAGAGUUGAUUGAUUGGUUAAAACAGAACCCGUGCAUCUACUCCAAGAGGCUGACUGAGUUCAAAGACGCACCCGAAAAGGAGAAGCUAUGGGAAGACAAAGCCAAAGCGAUGGGUUUGGAGGUGGCAGCCCUGCAAACCUUCUACAAAUCAAACAGAACCCAACUGAGCCGCCUGAAGAAGAGUGUUGGGACGUCUGAUGAUGGUACAGAUGCUCUGGAGGACCUGUCUGCUACUGAUCGAUGGAUCUGGGAAAACUUCUCAUUUCUAAAGGAUCACAUCGAGACAGUUGAGCGCAGAAACGUCGUCAGCAUCCAUGGCACAACUGGGAGGGUAGCAGGCAGGACAGCACCAACAUCCAGUCAAACUUUGGGUCAGAGUCACAGUCUACAGACCCCUCCUCUCGAAGACAUUACAAAGAGAGUGCUGACCUCAAACAAACUCUGA